AUGGGAUUUUUGAAUCCAGGAAACAGAAGUAAGAGGGCCAAGUCUGGUUCCCCCAACCCAUCCUCCAAAAAGGUUCAUAAGCGUAUUAAAUUAAAUCAAAAACCACACAAUAUAAAGACACCCAAAUUACCAGAACCCAAACGCGUUAUACAAACAGAGCCAGAGUUGGAAUUAGAAUCAACACCAGAACCAGAACCAGAACAAGAACCAUUAAAACCAAAUGCCUCAAUAUUGGAAAGACUUCCCACUGAGAUCGUUCAUGAAAUAUUUAUAUUUUCAAGAUGUUUAAGUCUACCAUUUGUAAGCAAAAUCUUACAUGAUCAAUUAUAUCCAACUAAAACAUUAAAGAAAACUAUAUUAAAAGAUUCCAUAAUGGAUUUAAACACUGGGAUAGUAUCACCAGAGAUGGAUCACAAGAAGAGGUUUGCUCUAGAUAAAGAUAUCUUGAAAUAUAAAUUUGUAAAAAUGGAUCUAUUGGAAGAGUUGAAAUUUGAUACUGUAUUACCAUUAAGUAGUAUAGCAUCAGAAUCCAAAAAUAGAUUAAUAUUAUACUAUGACAAAUUAAAUCAAAAAUUACUUGAAACAAUGAGACGAGCUGAAAGUACAGAGGAAGAAAUUAAUAGAGAAUUGGCAAGAAUAGCAGAUGAAAAUUUUAAUGAUAUAACAAGAGGUGAUGUUGAAUUAGAAGAUGUUCCAGAAGAAGAAGUUCAAGAUUUCCCGGAAAAAUAUUAUAAUUCACCUUUCAAUAAGGAUAAAUUAAAUGCUUUGAGAUAUUUACACGGUAAGGGUCUUAGAUUUGUUGAUUGUAACACUAUAUUUAAGACUGUAAUGGAAAGUGGAAUAUCUGUAUCAGAUUUGACUAUAAUUUAUGAAUGUCUGGAAACUGAUACCAUAACUUCAGUUCAACCAUUAAUUGAAGCUUUUGAGACGAGAAAUUGGGAAUAUAUACAAUGGUUUAUUGAUACAAUGGAUAAAGAAUUUUUAAAUAAUGAUGAUUUAUGGAUAUAUAUCUAUAAAACACAAGAUGUUCAAUUAUUACAUUAUUUAGAAGAACAAGGAGGGACCCCAAGUCAUGAUGUAUUGGGUAUGUUAACAACUUUGGGUUAG